AUGACUUGUUCGCGCUGGGCUUUGGCUCAAGACCCCACUCUCUUAGCAGCUGUGUCUGGCACCAUGGCGACCGUGCCAGUUAACCCGAAGCCCUUCCUGAAUGACCUCACGGGCAAGCUAGUGCUUUGCAAGCUGAAAUGGGGUAUGGAGUACAAAGGCUCCCUGAAAUCCAUUGACCCUUACAUGAACCUCCAGCUGCUCAACACAGAGGAGUGGGUUGACGGCAGCUUCCGGGGCAACCUUGGGGAGGUCUUCAUUCGCUGCAACAACGUUCUGUACAUCCGUGGAAUGGCAGAUGAGGAAGAAACUUUGCGCAUGGAAGCCUUGCGACUACAGGUGGAGUAUUACCUCAGUGAUGAGAACUUGUUGACCGACAAUUUCUUCCAGGACUUGAUCCACAGCAGUGAUGGAGGAUGGAUCGCGGUCGAAAGCUUUCUAGGCUGCCCACGAAUCCAACAGCUGCGGGCCACAGCAUCGGAGCUCAUUGCGGCCCUGCGCUGGUCCAAGCAGCUUCGGCUGCGGGAGUGGCCACAGGGAAAGGAGGCAAUUUGCCGCACAUCACCACCACCUAAGCCAAAGGUGCAUGCAACUACUGUCCCUGUUCCGGCUGGGGAAGAUUCCCUGGAGUUUAGGCCAUUAACCUUGCUCCGGGACUUCACGGCUGGAUGGCAGGCCGUGGUGGAGGAUGUGGAUCGCCGAUCCUUCUGCUUCGUGAAGCGGACGAGUGCGCCUGAAGAUGUCCUUCGACAGGAAUUCGACCUGCUGCUGUCAUCUGGACACUGGCAGACACUGACAAGCAAAUCAGGCGCCGUCACGAGAAGCACCGCAUGGUAUGUGUCUCCAGGAUGCUGCUGCCGCUAUGUCUACGGCGACACCGCUGUACUGCCACGAGACAAGCCGCCUUGGCUUGCUGAUGUCGAGGCCAGAGUCCUCGGAGAGCUCUGUGGGCUCAGAGAGGAUGAGUGGCCGAACAGUGUGAACAUGAACCUCUACGAGGACGAGUCGCAAAAUGUGGGCUGGCACUCUGAUGACGAGGGUCUGUUCCGCGGUUGUCAGGCAGACUGUCGGAUCAUCUCAGCCUCCUGGGGCGCGUCGCGGAGAUUCGAGGUAGCUGUGAAGGACCGAAACCACGUUUCUGGAAAGCCCAGCGUCUUCUAUGACACGCUCCAGAGUGUUACCCUGAAUUCAGGAGAUCUGUGCACCAUGGAGGGGCUUUUUCAAAAGCACUUCUCACAUCAAGUGGCCAAGGGAAACUCUGUGGAGAGUCCGAAGUCAUCAGACUCCACAACUUCUGAGAGCAUGGCAUCUCCUGAAGAGACAUCCCGAUAUAGAUCGGCUCGAAUAAAUCUCACGUGGCGCUACAUAGUCAGUCAUAGAUCAUACUGCCGGCGAGCUCGGCCAGAUGGUGAAAGUCCACGACUCCAGCCGCCUUAA